UCGUUGUCAGACUAACGAGCAACAGCGGCAGGUGCGACGCCGGGCCCAUCAGGAUUCGCCAGCAUCGGGCCGCCGUUAAGAUCCAAGCCGCUUUUCGCGGCUGUUUGGCAAGGAGAGCACUGCGAGCAUUAAAGGGUUUGGUGAAGCUCCAAGCACUGGUGAGAGGUCACAUUGAGAGGAAACGCACAGCAGAAUGGCUUAAAAGAGUGCAAGCUCUCUUAAAAGCACAGGCACAAGUCUCUGCAGGGUUGACCUUGCAUGCCUCACCUUGUAGUGCAAAGUUAUCUAGCCAACUUCAUGGUCCAGCAACACCAGAAAAAUUUGAAAGUCCCAUCAGAUCUAAGAGCAUGAAAUAUGACCAGUCACCUAUACUCAAGAGAAAUGGCUCCAAAUCCUGUAUCCAGAUCACUGGCUAUCAAGAGAUAUGUGGGACUAGAUCAGAGAGUCAAGUACAUGAACACUCGUGGAGCUCAGGAAGAUCAUUGAUAAGAACUUAUAGCUCCAGUGAUGAAAGAAAUGACAAGGUCCUUGAAAUAGAUUCUGGAAAACCACACUUCACACUCAAGCGUAGAAACCUCUCUUACUCCACGGGUUUUGACCAUUAUAGCAAGAGUUUGAACAGCACAAAGGAGUCAACAUCUCUUCAAUCGGGUCAAAGUCAAUGUUGUGAAGUUCAGUCUUACAGCUCACAAAAGAUCAACGAGGUUGAGCAGAGUCCAUUUUGCACUGCAGACAAUAGUCCCCAAUUUUUAUCUGCCACUUCUAAAGAUGAAGGAUUCAAAAGGAGCCCUUUUACACCUACUAGGAGUGAUGGCUCUAGAAGCUACAUUCGUGGCUACCCUGACUACCCAAGUUACAUGGCAUGCACCAAGUCUUCAAAGGCAAAGGUGAGGUCUCUGAGUGCCCCAAAACAAAGGCCUCAAAGUGAGAGAUCAGGUUCAUCUAAUAGGUACUCACUCAAUGGAUUUGAUGCAUCAAGAUUGGCCACGCAAAGGGCAAUGCAUCCAAACUUCGCCAACAAAGCAUAUCCAGGUUCUGGUCGUUUGGACAAGCUUGGUAUGCCUGUGGGGUACAGAUACUGAGUUACUGCUUUCUGUUAAGAGGGUUAUGUAUCUUUCAUUUUCGUAGUCUUAACAUAUGAUCUUGCUAACCUGUUGUACUUUGGGCUUCCAUUGUGACUUGUGAGUUAAGUGUCAGCAUUAGAAGUCUAUAACCAAAUUCAGUGCAUGCUGCCAAUUGUCAUGUCAUUUUAUUAUUGCUUACUUAGAUGGACCGUUUAAAACGAAAAUUAUAUCUUAGCCUUUCUAAGACUGAGACUUGUGUUGUAUGUUUGUCAGUUUCAUUCCACGCUUUAUAAAUGGAUAAUGACUUUUAAGA